CCUGUGCUGCUGAUUGGCUGGCUUUUGCUCCUGGUAAUCAAACUGAAAAACCCUAUCACAUUCAUUCUGAGCAUUGCAAACCUUUAGACCGAACCUGGUUAUUACAUGUCAGAGCAACACUUUACGUGUUUAGGGCAGAUUUUUAAACUAUAGAGUCCACAACAUUAAAUCUUAUCGAAGAUCUGCUUCCUUACUUUCUUCAUCGCUUUCCUUAAACCAGACCUCAGUGAGCACCAUGACAGAUGCUUCAGUGACACUGAACAGUAAUGGGGACAGACCACCUGAGACUGACCAACAGCCUAGCAGUCAAACCAGAAAGGGGACAGCUGAUGCAGACGAGACCCAGCCCUACUACAAGGUUGAACCCAGUCUUGAAGAUUUACCUGCAAAAGAAAACCAAGAAGAAAACAGAAACACUAAAGGGCACAUACUACCCAAAGGACCUGAAGACAAGAAUGAAAACCUAGAAGAGAACCUCUUUGCUGUUCACAAGGCCAUCAAAGAUCUUUCUCUCCAAGAAACGAGUGCUAAAGACAUGGCAUUCAGAGAAGGGCACCCGUGGAAGAAAAUUCAUCUGAACAGCAGUAACCUGGACAUGAGUAAACCAGAAGAAAAGAUCGUCCACCAACCUCUAGAACAGAUUGAAGAUGAGGACACCGCCUGCCAGGCAACUGAAAUCGAAUGGUUGGGGUUCCAGAAAUCUACUCAAAUUGAACUGUUACCUCCUAAAUGUGAUGAGGAACGAGAAGUUUGGAAUGAAGAAAUUAACGAGGAAGAUGUUGAUGAGUGCAUUGAUGAGGAAGAUGAAGUUCGAGUAAUAGAAUUUAAGAGAACACACAGGGAAGGCUCUCAAAUAAUGGAGGAAAGCCGUGCAAGGGAAGGCUCCCCACUAAGCAGCCCCAGCUCCCAACCAGGGACCCCAGAUGAGCAGCCAGUGUUAGGGAAGAAGGGAGAUAUCUCCAGGAAUUCUUAUUCCAGAUACAAUACGAUAUCCUAUCGGAAAAUCAGGAAAGGGAACACCAAACAGAGAAUCGAUGAAUUUGAGUCUAUGAUGCAUUUAUAAACUAACUGGGACUGAGAUAUGUCAUGGGUGUUAAAGAAAAGCUAACUUUGCUGUACUGGGCCGUCUUCCUUUGCCUUAUUUUGAGAUGUGCAAGCUUAAUGUCCUUUUCACCGUAGAGCAAUGUGGAAAUAACCAUAGACAAAAUUUAUUCUGGUAACUUCAAACCAACGAGUUUUAGAUUCAUUUCUGGGUGUUUGCCUUUUAAAAAGUUAACUAAUGUAGAAUCACGUGUUAAGGGUUGCCCCAGAGGCAAGCCUGGCAUGAUUUGUCUAUAAAAGCAGCAAUAGUAAGAGAGGCAGGUAAGGAAAAGAGAACUGUUGAUGUAACUCCCAUAAUUCUUUUGGUAUCUCUCUUCAGGCCAAUGGGAAGCCUGGAAUUAAGCCCCUCCUUCAGUGAACAUAGUUUUUUAUAGAUUCUGGCUUUUUUUUUUUUUUUUUUCUUUUUUAAAUUAUUAUUAAGAAAAAAAAAAAAGGUCUCUUAAGUCAUUCUCCUUGGCAUCUACUGAGUGAAAAUUCAACAGAUCGCCUUUCUAGGUGUCACCAUUCAGUGAAUUUCCUCACUAAAAGGCCAAGCAGUUGACAGUGAGAAUUCUGUAUGCUAAGUUUUGGCUUUAUGCUUUCAAAAUGAAUGAAAUCCAUUGUGAAGUUGAUACAAGGAGGGGCUAGAUGACUGGCGAGCAAUAGACUAGAGAAUUGUAUUGGAUGGUUUUGGUUUUGUUACUGAAAACAAAUCUGUCUAGCACAAUGAAAAUCAUUAAAGAUAAAAAUGGCAAUUUUAGCACAAUUUUAGAAAAUGCCCUACUCCAUUACCACACUCUCUUGUGUUAACAGUAUCUCAGAACCGUUUUCUCCGCUUAGAAAUGAGAGACAAUGGCAGUCAUAACUGUACUAGUUACUACGAAAGUGGAAAAUAAUUAUCUUAGACUAUUUUAGAAGUAGGGUGUGAGCAUGUAUUUUUAGCGAAAAAGCUGAUAGUUGUGGGGAAUAUGUAAUUUUUUGGACCAAAGCCCAAGUCAAGAAGCUGAAAAUUGCACUUGUGGAGCUCCUCUCGAACCAACAUGUCAAAUAAUGCGUUGAAUAUUUAUGAAAAGAGGAUAUUUAUAUUCUUGGAUAGUUUAUUCCACAAAUUUUCAUUUUGUGCUUCUGUAUAUAUUGCUCUGAACUUUUUGUUACCAAGAUAAAAAUAUCUUUUGGCUCCAAAUAAAAAGACAAUUCCUUAUUGUCUGAAUGUAAUACAGUCUUCAUUGUGCUAUUCAACCCAUUGUUGUUGUUGUUUUUUUCCUCGUUCUCUGUAAAAGCCUGGGUUAGUCCUAC